UCGCAAAAACACUAACUUCCCACCCCGCAUCGCGUUCGUUCCUCGCUGAUCGUUCUGACUGUCCCCGAAGUUUUCGUGAUUUUUCUCACUCAUUUUACAGAAUUGAGUUAAGAAUAACAGACUAAAUUCUCCACGGUGCAAUUGUCAUUGAUACCAUUUUUUGAUAAAUCGAGUACCGAGAUACUGUCGUUGCAUUACGGACAAAAUACGUGUGUAAAUAAACUAUACGAAAGUUCAACGAAACUCUGCGCAAUAAUGAUAGACUCGAUUCGCGAUGGAAAAAUUAAGUGAAAAACGACGUCGCCCCAAACACCCAUCGGGACAACCGGUUCCACAGAUUCCCAGAUACAGAGAUGAUCCCGAUAACAUUACAGCGGUGGAUAAUUCCUGCAAAUAUUAUCAGGCUAACGAAAUUCAUCCCAGCAAAGGAAGAAACGAGAGAAGACAAUCGAAUUCCAUGAUCGAUUAUAACAAGAAUCAUUACGGUUGCAACGAUGUCCCAAAGACGUCGCGGAAACACGCAAUAUCGAAUUUGUCGCGUAUAAAAUACUUCGUCCCGCAAACACAAGAAGAAUUUGAAAAUAAAAACGAGAAUGCAUUGAGACAACCGAGGAAUCAGGGGUCUCAACAAUUAGCCAACAACACGAAGUAUACGAAAAACGCUGCAGUAAGGAAAAAUCAUUACAUCGAUGACUACAGUGAUGCUCAUGAAUGUGAAAAUUCAACGGUCAAUGAAAAUAUCAACGUGGCGGAUGAGACGAGUGAGGAAGUUGUCGACGAGGAACAUCUCGGCGAUUUGACAGAAUUCAAUGAAAAAGACUACGAAGAACACGAAGCCGAUCAUGAAAUUGACGAAGAAACAGACGUAUGGGAACGAGGUCCUGAGAGAUCAAGAUUCUGCAGGAAAAUGCGAAUGGAAUCAUUGCCGAGAAAUCACAAAAUUUCCAGUGCGCCUUUAGCCUCGCGUUUUCAUCGCGGCGGGGGAAAAAAUGCGGACAGAUAUUGUCGCAGUGCGUGUGGCAGAAAAACUGCUGAUAUUCCGACCGAAGAAGAAGAGGAAGAGUUGGAAAUUCGCAGAGCACCGGCAUGCGCUCGAAAAAAAUCGUCCGGGUCGUCGCGUCAACGAGACGGAAGUGCUCGGAUCGCAGGACGAAAGUUGUCCGAACGGUACUCGGAUUUGCCAGAGCGAUCUCUAUUGGUGGACGAGCGUCAAACACGAAGACCAAAAUCGAUGAGGCCCGUGAGCGGAAAACCUUCUAAAUUGCUGGGAAUUCAGUACGAAUCGAUUUGUAGUAUUAAGUGCGAUCGCUGCGGUGGCACAUCGAGACUAACCCCGAGAACAACCUCGUCGCGGAAUGCAACGUGUCGACUCCAGGACAGCCAGUAUUUUAUCGACAGAUCAAACGGCGAUGACGUUUCCGAGGAGCCGACGGGGGAUCCAUCGAGUCGUCAGACGACGUUGAGACGAUCGAAGGAGUCGCGAUCGCCGAUUUACGAAUCUAAAGAAAAAGGCUUAGCGAUCUGCGACUAUGAGACCGACGAUGACAGGAAUGAGAUUCGAGCAAAUUCUAAAUCACGAGGCGUUAGAAAUUCACGAGAGACGAAAAAUCUCAAACACUUUUUGACCCGGGCCGAUGGUCGGUAUGAGGAAAAAACAAUCUUCAAAAGUAACAAGGGCCACUGGGCAGAACGAUAAAUUACAAACGCAAAUAUCAAACUAUCCCCAAAAUGGAAAAAUCAAAGAAAUCAUCAUCGAUCCCACCAACCACGUCGUGUAUCGUAUAUUUUUGUAAAUGUUUAUCUCUCACACAUCGACGUUUAGAAAUUACGAAAUUUCAAAAUUAAGAAAUUACGAAAACAAACGAAAAAAAAAAAACUAAAUCAGCUGUGCAUAUCUCUAUUAAAUAUGUGUCCAAAUAUAUUUUCCCUCUUCUCAAUUUUAUUCAUGAAAUUAAAUCAAUUAAGGGCAAUUCGAUCUUGAUACUGUCAAUGAGGCAUGAGGAAAGCAAUAUUGUAAAUACUACUUUCAAAAUUUGAUUAAAGGCAAGAAAGAAAAAUCUGUAAAAACACGAUACGCUCGAGCACAAAUCGAGUCGUGAAUGUAUAACACCAGAGAGAAAAAUAAAUUCUCGAAACUGUACAUUGAAAAAGAUAAA